GCUGGGCACCGUCGGGGGCUGCAUGGCGGCGCUACCACGCGCCGCCCGGCCCCCGCCGUCCGCGCCCCCGCCCUCGCUGCUGCUGCCCCUGCUGCUGCUCGGCGUGGCGGGCCGGGCGGCGCCGGGCCUGGGCCCCGAGCUCCAGGUGGAGCGGCGCUCCGUGCCCGAGCAGUGCCCGCGGACCGUGCGCGCCGGGGACUUCGUGCGCUACCACUACGUGGGCACCUUCCCCGACGGCCGCAAGUUCGACUCCAGUUAUGAUCGGGGCUCUACCUUCAACGUGUUUGUGGGGAAAGGUCAGCUGAUCGCCGGGAUGGACAAAGCCCUGGUUGGCAUGUGUGUGAACGAGAGGAGAUUUGUGAAAAUUCCUCCCCAGCUCGCCUAUGGGAGCGAAGGCGUCCCCGACGUCGUCCCCCCUGACUCUGUGCUGCACUUUGACGUCCUUUUGAUGGACCUCUGGAAUUCUGAAGACCAAGUUCAAGUUCAUACUUACUUCAAGCCGGCUAAUUGUUCUCGGACAAUCCAGGUGUCCGAUUUUGUAAGAUACCACUACAACGGCACGUUCUUGGAUGGGACUCUUUUCGACUCCAGCCACAAUCGGAUGAAAACUUACGACACCUAUGUGGGGAUCGGCUGGCUGAUCCCUGGGAUGGACAAAGGCCUCCUGGGGAUGUGUGUGGGGGAAAAACGGAUCAUCACCAUACCUCCUUUUCUGGCCUAUGGGGAAGACGGCGAUGGUAAAGACAUUCCCGGGCAGGCCUCCCUGGUGUUUGAUGUGGCCUUGCUGGAUUUGCACAACCCCAAAGACAGCAUCACCGUUGAGAACACGUUUUUGCCAGAAGAGUGUGAGCGCAGAAGCCGCCCUGGGGACUUCCUCCGCUACCACUACAACGCUUCCCUGCUGGACGGCACCUUGUUUGACUCCAGCUAUUCCCGGAACCGCACGUUUGACACCUAUAUCGGGCAGGGCUACGUGAUUGCUGGGAUGGAUGAAGGUUUGCUCGGCGUUUGCAUCGGAGAGAGACGCCGCAUCACCAUCCCUCCUCACCUGGGCUAUGGAGAAGAAGGGCGAGGCAACAUCCCUGGCUCUGCCGUCCUGGUCUUUGACAUCCACGUCAUUGACUUCCACAACCCUUCAGACACCGUUGACAUCACUUCACGUUUCAAGCCGGACAACUGCUCAGUCCUGAGCAAGAAAGGAGAUUACCUCAAGUAUCACUACAACGCCUCCCUCAUGGAUGGCACGAGGCUGGACUCCACACUUAAUUUGGGCAAGACCUAUAAUAUCGUUCUGGGAUCGGGACAGGUUGUGCUGGGGAUGGACAUGGGGCUCCGAGACAUGUGUGUGGGAGAAAAGCGGACGGUCGUCAUCCCCCCCCACCUUGGCUAUGGGGAGGCUGGAGUGGCGGGAGAGGUGCCAGGGAGUGCCGUGCUGGUCUUUGACAUUGAACUUCUUGACCUGGUGUCCGGCCUGCCCGAAGGCUACAUGUUUAUCUGGAACGAGGAGGUGUCCCCCAACCUCUUCGAAGAAAUCGACAAGAAUGGCAAUGGAGAGGUUGUUCUGGAGGAGUUCUCAGAAUACAUCCACGCCCAGGUGGCGUCUGGCAAGGGGAAGCUCGCGCCCGGCUUUGAUGCGGACAUGAUUGUGAAAAACAUGUUCACCAACCAGGACCGGAACGGAGACGGCAAAGUCACGGCCGAAGAAUUUAAGCUGAAGGACCAGGAAGCCAGACAUGACGAGCUGUGACCGAGUGAGAGGGGCCGCUUUGUCACCUCCACGGCACGGCUCGCAGCUCGCGGCUGGGCAUGGGGAGGAGGGCCCGCUGAAGAGGGCAUCAGCCCCCGAGUUCUACUGUGUAAAGACUGUUUUGCUUUUGUUUUCUACCUUCCAGUUUCUAUUUGUUUAGAAGUUUCUCUAGAUGUAUAAAGUCAGCAGAAGAGAGCCCCUUCCAGGCCAUCAGCCAGCCCCCCCAGAGCCUGGAAUCCCGGUCCCGGGUCCCAGAGAGUCUGCCCGCUGCCGUCCCCUUCGGCAGCCCCGUGGCUUCCUCAGUCCUUACGUCCUGCAGGUCAGGCCGUCCUCUCGUGGUCAUCCAGUGAUGGGUGGGGAAUCCUGGGGCUGGAGUACUCUUCCCCUGCUCUAUAGAGCAGGGCUGCUUCCCCCCUGCUGUGCCCCAGCCCCCCGGAAGCCGAUGGACCCCUCCUCACAAGCCUGUUGUUAAAUGCACAAGAUAAAGUCCAGGGAUGACAGAGGCAGCCGAUUCUGGGGAGACGCAGGUAUCAGUGUCCCCCAAGGCUGAGUGCACGCUUCCGAUUGCACCAAGACUUGGGGGACCCUCGGUCUAAGCUCACAGACUCCGGCCGCCUGCCGGUGCCCGUCUGUCCGGCGCAGGAAGCCCUUGGCCCUCACGCCAGCCUGUCCUCAUUAGCCGCUUCUCUUUGACAAGUGUGAAUGAUUCCUGACCCUUCUGCUGUGCCCGCCUCUUCAUCUCAUGGAGUGAGAUGCCCAGGUAUCUCAUCGGGCGAGAGCACUGGCCGCUGCCACUGCUUCAUCUGACUGUGUGACGGCGUUCUGUCCCAGUGUAGCUCGAGAGCAGACCAAGAGAGUGCUGGGCACGGGCCGUGCCCCGCGGGCUCAGGACAGAUUUUUUGUUACAUAAAACAGUGAACGAA